AUGGCAGCAGCUUCAGCGCCACCAGUCUCCACCAUUUUCUCCGCCACAACUCCAACCUCAAAACCCGUAUUUAUAUACUCAAAUUUUUCUAAGCUAACUCUAAAUCCCCAUCAAAGUUCCAAAGAAUUGACCUCUAUUUCAAGAAGACAAUUCUUGAAUGGAUCGCUUGCUUUAGUGCCACUAGUGAUAUCUCCGCCUCCACCUUCUCAGGCAAAGGAAAUUGAAGUGGGAUCUUACCUCCCUAAGUCGCCGGUCGACCCUUCUUUCGUUCUCUUCAAAGCCACCCCUAAAGAUACCCCUGCUCUUCGUGCAGGAAAUGUACAGCCAUACCAGUUUAUCCUUCCACCAACUUGGAAACAACUACGCAUAGCCAACAUACUAUCGGGAAAUUAUUGCCAACCCAAGUGUGCAGAGCCUUGGGUCGAAGUAAAAUUUGAAGAUGAAAAACAGGGAAAGGUUCAGGUGGUAGCCUCUCCUUUGAUACGCUUGACGAACAAACCCAAUGCGACAAUUGAAGACAUUGGGAGUCCUGAUAAGCUCAUUGCUUCCCUUGGACCUUUUGUUACGGGAAAUACAUUUGACCCAGAUGAACUCAUUGAGACUUCUGUUGAGAAACACGGUGAUCAAACUUACUAUAAAUACAUUCUAGAGACUCCAUAUGCUCUCACAGGAUCACACAAUCUUGCUAAGGCAACAGCAAAGGGAAACACGGUCAUCCUCUUUGUGGCAAGCGCGAAUGAUAAGCAGUGGCCGUCAUCACAGAAAACUUUGCAAGCUAUACUUGAUUCCUUUGAAGUUUGA